AUGUGCAGACACAUCCUCAACGCCCAGGUCUCCAUCCGCUCACCAUGCUGCAAGAAAUGGUUCGACUGCGCCGAAUGUCACCAGGAGCAGAGCGACCACCCGCUCAUGCAGACGUUUGACAUGGUCUUCAUAUGCAAAAAGUGCAAGAAGGCCUUCCGCAAAGAUGCGCGUGAAUUCGAAGACGCCGACGAGUACUGCCCGCACUGCGACAACCACUUCGUUCUAGAGGCCAAAACUCCCAAGGCGUCGCUGCAAGUCGAGGGCGAGGAUGUGCGCAAGGACGCCAGGCACGUCACCCCCCUCGAUGCUCAAGGAUGA